AUGGUGUCCCCAGAGGCGAGUGUGUCCACCCAGUGCCUGUGCCCCUCCCCCGCCGGCCUGGACUCCAAGGACAAGCAGAAGCCCAGGAAGCGGAGCCGGCAGCACCAGCGGGUCCUGGCGCAGCGCCUGGGGCUGAGCCCCCGCACAACCCGGGCCUCUGAGCCCUCGCUGCUCCCCCUGCCGCCGUGCCCCCACGCCUCGUUCCUUGGGAGGCUAUGCCCCAGGGCCGAAAGUGGCCCCCGGGUGGCCGCCGGGUGCGUGGCCUCGCCCAGCAAGUGCGUGGCCAUCGACUGUGAGAUGGUGGGCACGGGGCCCCGGGGCCGUGUGAGCGAGCUGGCCCGCUGCUCCGUGGUCAGCUACCACGGCGACGUCCUCUACGACAAGUACGUCCGGCCCGAGCUGCCCGUCGCCGACUUCCGCAGCCGCUGGAGCGGGAUCACGCAGCGGCACCUGAGCGGAGCCGUCCCUUUCCAGGUGGCCCGGAAGGAGGUCCUCAAGCUGCUCAAGGGGAAGGUGGUGGUGGGCCACGCGCUGCACAACGACUUCCAGGCCCUCAAGUACGUCCACCCGCGCAGCCACACCCGCGACACCACCUGCGUGCCCAGCCUGCUGGGCCCCCACGGUGCCCCGACGCGCGCCCGCGUGUCCCUCAAGGGCCUGGCCUUGGAGCUGCUGCACAAGAAGAUUCAGGUGGGCCAGCAUGGACAUUCGUCUGUGGAGGACGCCGCCACGGCCAUGCAGCUGUACCGGCUGGUGGAGGACCGCUGGGAGGAGCAGGUGGGCGGCCUCUGCGCCCAGCCGGAGGACCGAGAACGGGACAGCAGCUCUGAUAUGCAGCAGUUCAUGGAUGACCGCUACUGGCCCGAGGACCUGGCCCCUGGCCCUGGGGCAGGAGGGACGCGGGUUCCCUGUGGAGAGUAAGGACCGGGAAAGCCCGGGAGUGGGCUUGGCUGCCCAGCGCUGGGCUACUGGCACUUUAGAGACCAGG